ACGCAGCUUUGGUCAAGAGAACACAACUCUGCCUCUAUAACUUCAUUAGUGGUUACCAAGUCAGCUGCUCAAGAAUAUCACUUUGCGUCAUUGUGCGCACUAUUUGUGAAUUUUCAGGACAAAAUAACGAAUCAACUAUAGAGGAGUUUAUGUGCAAUAUAUGUUAGCUACUGCUGUUGCAAAGCCCCAUUGUCCAGUGACUGGUUGACCACUGAAGAUGGAGUCUGAGAACAGUAAUCAAGCAUCUCUGCUCUCGCCACAAACCUUCAACUCUGACACCACCCACGCUGGCCUCCCCACAUACGCAUAUUUCUACCUACUCGGAACUUACGUAAACCCGAGCACAUUACUGCUUUUUCUGGCCAGCAACUUUUUAUGCUUGUUGAUUGCCUACCACUUUCUCGCCAUCUACCGAGCAGCCAGAAGUCACCAGCAGCAUGACUCCCGUAACUUGGAGGAGGAGACUGAGUCCAGGAAGGUAGUGGCUGAACCUGGAGGCUGGUUGAGACCAGUGAGCAACAUAGAAACGUUUUCAGCAUCAACAUUGAUUCUAGGCACUGGUAACACUGCUCAGGUGUUGUGGCUCUCCUCGUCUCAGCCCAUCACACCUGAGGACGUUAAUCAAGCUCUCUCCGUAAUAGCUGAGAAGAUACAUGUUCUGCAGGUCUGUGUUGCUUGGCGCUGGUUUCGACCAUGGUUACGACGGAUGAAGAACGUUGUUGUAGACUUCAGCGUUGAGACGGGCGACGCCAUGUCGGUAUACUACCAGCAGAUGCGAACUCCCUACAAUAUUUCUCAGGGACCACUGUGGAGGGCGAGCUUGGUUCCCCAGCCACAGGCAGCUGGUGACCGUCACCAGGCCGUCCUGGUUCUCACCUUACAUCACAUCAUCAUUGACGGCCUUACCAAUAUGAUCAUCUCCCGUGACUUUAUGGAGGUGCUGAACGCCAUCAUGACUGGACGGGGCCACAACACCCCCACACGCCAUAACAUUCCAGCCAUUGUUGACGAACUUUUCAGCAUGAGAGACUGUAUUUGGUGCCUUAAGUUUCUCUCGUCUGUAGCGUACAAAACAAUCAAGAGUAUGCUCAGUGAUAGAUGCUACAGUAUUAGUCUUCCUCGGCCAAACACAAAGGUAGCACAUACAAAUGUGUUGCGUAAAGACUUCUCAGCAGAGACGACUCAAGAGCUUUUGCGUCACUGCAAGGAAGCAAAAGUUAGCGUUCACUCUAGUAUAGUGGCUGCAGCUUACCUAGCGCUUCUACGCACCGCUCAGAAAUAUUCAAAAGAAACUUUAGACUCACUGAGGAUCACUUAUGAUAACGCUGUAAACAUGCGUCGCUACUACCCAAGUGUUUACAGUGAGUCUGUUGGUUUUCACUCAUGCUUGACCAAACAUGAAUACGUUGUCUGCAGUAGUGACGCAGAAAGCAAAGAUAAUUUCUGGAGUCUAGCAAGACGUAUGCAUGACGACCUCCAACACAAUCUUUGUGUCAGUAAGACACCUAUUCGUAUUUCUCCACUCUCUUUGGUACUCUCUGCUAUUAACCCAGUAAAUUACUUGCUAACUCGCCUGGGAUGUAGAAACUUGGUUAACACAAACAUGACGUGCACUAACAUGGGCAAUCUGAAGCAAAUAUUGCCUGGUAAAUACGGGGAUGGGCCUGUGGAGAUCACCAGUCUUCUUCGAUCCACGGCAUCAGAGUUAUGUGGAUGUCCUUUCUUGGUCGUCUUCCAGACCUUUGAAGGACGGUUGUUGUUGUCUCUGGACCAUUACGUAAAUAAUAUUACUGAGGAGGUCGCCAAUAUGUUCUUUUUAUAUUUAACCCAUUAUAUUGAUGACAUAGCUCACAAUGGCACCAUCAAGAACUACUGAGUUGUAUAUAUUUUGGGAUAAAUAAGAAAAAUGUUUAAAUAUAUUUUGGUUUCCAUGUGAUCGAGCAAAUUAUCCCUUGUCCCAAUAACCCCUGCCAAUAAACUUCAAGACAUUAGUUUGAAUUACAUUUGUAUAGAGUGGUCUUCCUCUCUCUCUUCCCGUCAUCACAUACGCACCUAUGGCUCCGCAUCUCCAGAUUGAGACACCUGUUUUUCCCGAGUGACAGCCAAGAACACUUGCUAGACAAACCCAGUAUUUCCAAAAUCAAUUACAUUAGCUUCUUACCGCCAUCAUACUCAAAGCUACCAUGCCCACCUGCCAGUUUACUGUGGUUUCAGACUCCUAACAUUUGAUAUGUGUGCGUGAGUGAAGAAGUUAAUUUCUGUAGUUUAAGAAUGAGUCGUAAGAGGUAGGAGUGAGUUGCAGGGAUAUAGGAGUAAGGAGUUGUAGGAUAUGGAAUAUAGGAACGAGUUGUAGGGAUAUGAGAGUGAUUUGAAGGAACGUGGGAGUGUUGUAGUUUUAUAGGAGUUGAAGACCGUGGAAUCGAGUUUUAAAUGUGAGUGAAUUUCCAGAGGUAUGAGAGUGAACUGUCGAGAUGUGUUGUGGAAGUGUGGUAGAAAGUUUUUGGGGUGGCGAUGUGUAUGAAUGAAUUUCAGAUAUAAAUGCUUUCAAAUGAGCUGAUGUAGGUAACAGCUCUUAGCUUGCCAAUAAAGUUAGGAAUCCUUAACCUGUAAAUAGCUUGUCAAUAAAGUUAGGGAUCCUUAACCUUGUCAA